CAAAUAACUUGUCUGGAAUGGUACCUCUAUGGAUUGGUAAUAGUUUGCCAAAUUUGGUUAUUCUUAACCUACGAUCUAAUCAGCUUUAUGGAAGGGUGCCUUUAAGCCUAUGUCGUCUAUCACAGAUUCAAAUCUUGGAUCUUUCUUUGAACAAGAUCGAGGGAACUAUUCCAGAAUGUAUCUACAAUUUGACCGCAAUGUCUCGUACAAUGAAUACAACUCCAAGUGCCAUAUACGUGUAUAUAGGAGUUACUUAUACAGACUAUGCAUCCUUGGUAUGGAAAGGAAGAGAGUCUGUGUUAAAAAGUUUCUUGGGACUUGUGAAGAUGAUUGAUCUUUCAAAUAACAAAUUACAUGGAGAGAUUCCAGAAGGAAUUACUGAUCUUACAGAACUAGUUGCCUUGAAUUUAUCGCGAAACAACUUAUCUGGUUUAAUCACUCCGAAGAUCGGUUUGUUGAGAAAUUUGCUGUCUCUUGAUUUAUCUAGAAACCAACUUUAUGGUGAAAUCCCAAUGAGCAUUUCCAACAUAAGUUUUCUUAGUCAAUUGAACUUGUCCACCAACAACUUAUCAGGCAAAAUCCCAACAGGAACUCAAAUACAAAGCUUCGAUGCUUCUGCAUUUUUGGAAAAUCCUAAACUAUGUGGCGCACCACUUCCAAACAAGUGUCUAGAAGAUCUUCAUCCAAAUUACAUUAACAAUCAGGGCCACAAGAAGGAAAAUGAUGAUGAUGAUGAUGGAUUUAUAACUAAAGGAUUUUAUGUUGCUGCAAGUCUCGGAUUCAUUGUCGGAUUUUGGGGGGUGUGUUGCAUUUCAGUGCUAAACAUACGAUAUAUAAUGAAGCGUCUCACUUCCAAUGCUCAAAGGAUAUUAGCAUAGGCUACACGUGGCAGCAGUCUAUGUAUGCUCACUUUGUAAAGUUCAACUUUAAGUGAUCCAGCUAGCAGCAGACAACAAUAU